UUGGACCGUUCGGCUACUUGGCAGCGGCGGCAGCAACGUGUCUACAUCGCUAACGGUGAAACUUCUCCUGUUGCAGUUGUGCCCAACCCCAGCAGCUUACAGGUUGACCCGAUUCAGGAACCCGCUGAGGACCAUUCAGGAGACAAACCGAACACUGAGGUGACACCACAAGGCAAUAAGGACGAGUCGCCGAGUCCGAGCACUACAAAUGACGAGUUGUUUCCCUGCGUUUGGUGUCCGGCGCUCCGUACAUUAGAUGCAACUAGUGAGCCCGCGCAGAUGUCCAGUGACCGCAGCAUUAAUUCUCGCAGCUUGGUGCAGACCGAUCUUGAAGCGGUACCUCGAUCCGUGCGCCAGCGGGUGAAAGCGAGAACCGACUUCUUCGAAGUACACGAAACGUUCACACCGUGGGAGAGAGUAAAACUUACUGUGAGCUUGGUUCAUCGAGGUCAUCGAAGGCCCGCCAUCCGGCUACAUCCCUUCAGUUCUCGAAGCCUACCCCCAGAAGUUCAGACAGAGUACGAGAUUAUGCACGCGAAUGGCGACUGCAUCAUUAUCGGGAAAUAUCCGCGACGAGGAAUGACAGCAGACUGCUUCUUCUGGACCACACAAAGCAAGGCUAGAGGGCGCCAUUUUGAGUGCGAUUUCAUAUGGGAGUACUAUUGUCAUUUCUCUACUGAUGUACCAUUUGAUGGGAGAGAAUGUCAGUAG